AUGCGCCUUACUGUUUUAAGGUUCAAAACAGGCCAGAUCAAUGGGGACCUGCUCAUCUACCAUGUCCUCCUCACUCUCAAACCCUACUACGCUAAACCCUACGAGAUAGUUGUAGAUUUGACCCAUGUAGGACCCAGCAAUCGUUUCAAGACCGACUUCCUGUCCAAGUGGUUCGUGGUCUUUCCCGGCUUUGCCUAUGAGAAUGUAGCAGCUGUCUAUGUGUACAACUGCAACACCUGGGUAAGGGAGUACACAAAGUACCAUGAGCGGCUACUGACAGGCCUGAAGGGCAGCAAGCGGCUCCAGUUCAUCGACUCUCCAGCUAAACUGGCCGAGCACAUUGAACCAGACCAACAGAAGCUGCCUGCGGCCACGCUGACCCUGGAGGAAGACCUUAAAGUGUUCCAUAAUGCCCUCAAGUUGGCCCAUAAAGACACAAAGGUCUCAAUAAAGGUUGGCUCGACAGCAGUUCAAGUGACCUCAGCCGAGCGGACCCGUGUUCUCGGCCAGCCUGUCUUCCUCAACGACGUCUACUACGCCUCAGAGAUUGAGGAGAUUUGCCUGGUGGACGAGAGCCAGUUCACCCUCACCAUGGCCAACCAGGGCACGCCGCUCACAUUCAUGCACCAGGAAUGUGAUGCCAUCGUCCAGUCCAUCAUCCACAUUAGGACACGAUGGGAGCUGUCACAGCCUGACUCCAUCCCACAGCACACAAAGAUUCGACCAAAAGAUGUUCCUGGUACUCUGCUUAACAUCGCCCUUCUGAACCUUGGCAGUUCAGACCCCAGUCUCAGGUCUGCGGCUUACAAUCUACUAUGUGCUUUGACCUGCACAUUCAACCUAAAGAUAGAGGGCCAGCUGCUGGAGACCUCAGGCCUCUGCAUCCCGGCCAACAACACCCUCUUCAUUGUCUCCAUCAGCAAGACUCUGGCUGCCAAUGAGCCCCAUCUAACGCUGGAGUUUCUGGAGGAGUGCAUCUCAGGCUUCAGCAAGUCAAGCAUUGAGCUGAAGCAUCUCUGCCUGGAGUACAUGACACCCUGGCUGCUCAACCUCGUCCGUUUCUGUAAGCACAAUGACGACGCCAAGCGCCAGCGCGUCACCGCCAUUUUGGACAAACUCAUCACCAUGACGAUCAAUGAGAAACAGAUGUAUCCCUCUAUCCAGGCUAAAAUAUGGGGCAGCCUGGGCCAGAUAACCGACCUGCUGGAUGUGGUGUUGGACAGCUUUAUUAAAACAAGUGCCACAGGAGGCCUAGGCUCCAUCAAAGCAGAGGUCAUGGCUGAUACUGCAGUGGCCCUCGCUUCAGGAAAUGUCAAAUUGGUCUCAAGCAAGGUGAUUGGUCGGAUGUGUAAGAUCAUUGACAAGACGUGCCUGUCGCCGACGCCCACUCUGGAGCAGCACCUGAUGUGGGACGACAUCGCCAUCCUGGCACGCUACAUGCUCAUGCUGUCCUUCAACAACUCUCUGGAUGUGGCGGCCCACCUGCCCUACCUGUUCCACGUGGUGACCCUGCUGGUAGCCACGGGGCCGCUUUCUCUGAGGGCCUCCACCCACGGUUUGGUCAUCAACAUCAUCCACUCCCUCUGCACCUGCUCGCAGCUCAACUUCAGCGAGGAGACGAAGCAGGUUUUGAGGCUGAGCCUGACCGAGUUCUCCCUGCCCAAGUUCUACCUGCUGUUCGGCAUCAGCAAAGUGAAGUCCGCCGCCGUCAUUGCCUUCCGCUCCAGCUACAGAGACCGGUCCUUCUCUCCAGGCUCCUACGAGAGGGAGACGUUCGCCCUGUCCUCCCUGGAGACCGUCACAGAGGCCCUACUGGAGAUCAUGGAGGCUUGUAUGAGGGACAUCCCAGCCUGCAAGUGGUUAGACCAGUGGACAGAGCUUGCACAGAAGUUCGCAUUCCAGUACAACCCCUCCCUCCAGCCCAGAGCGCUGGUGGUGUUCGGCUGCAUCAGUAAGAGGGUGAGCCACGGCCAGAUCAAGCAGAUCAUCCGGAUCCUCAGCAAGGCCAGCCCUCUGCUCAGCAUCGACCGGGGUCUGGAGAGCUGUCUGAAGGGGCCGGACAAUUACAACAGCCAAGUAUUAAUAGAAGCCACAGUCAUCGCUCUGACCAAGCUGCAGCCUCUCCUCAGCAAGGAGUCUCCCAUGCACAAAGCUCUGUUCUGGGUGGCGGUAGCUGUGCUGCAGCUGGAUGAAGUCAACCUGUACUCUGCUGGCACUGCCCUGAUGGAGCAGAACCUCCACACUCUGGACACCAUGCGCAUCUUCAACGACAAGAGUCCAGAGGAAGUGUUCAUGGAGAUCCGGCGUCCUUUAGAAUGGCACUGCAAGCAGAUGGAUCAUUUUGUGGGCCUCAACUUCAGUGCAAACUUCAACUUUGCACUGGUGGGCCACCUACUCAAAGGCUACAGACACCCUUCCGCCACCACAGUAGCAAGGACUGUGAGAAUCCUGCACACACUUCUCGCUCUGAUCAGCAAACAUCUGAAAUGUGACAAGUUUGAGGUUAACACUCAGAGUGUGGCCUAUCUGGCUGCCCUGCUCACUGUAUCUGAGGAGGUCCGGAGUCGCUGCAGCCUCAAACACAGGAAGUCCCUCCUGAUUUCUGACCUUUCCAUGGACCCGGUUCCCAUGGAAACAUACACAAGUCACAUCAAUGAUCCUAGCUGCAGAACUCUGCGUGAGACUCAGCCGUGGACGUCCCCCCAGGUCUCAGAGCGCUACCUCUCAGCCCAUCACUACCCUACAGUGGGACAGAUCAGCCCCCGAACUCGCAAGUCCAUGAGCCUGGACAUGGGCCAGCCCUCGCAGGCCAACACAAAGAAGCUCCUGGGCACCAGGAAGAGCUUCGAUCAUCUCAUAUCAGACUCUAAAGCACCAAAGAGACCAGAGAUGGAGUCGGGUAUGACCACCCCUCCCAAGAUGAGGCGUGUAGCAGAGAACGACUACGAGAUAGAGACGCAAAGAAUUGCAAACUCUCACCUUCGCAAGGUGUCUGUAUCAGAGUCCAACGUCCUGCUGGAUGAAGAGGUGCUGACCGACCCAAAGAUCCAGGCUCUGCUGCUCACUGUGCUGGCCACCCAGGUCAAAUACACCACUGAUGACUUUGACCAGAGAAUUCUCUACGAGUACUUGGCCGAAGCUAGCGUCGUCUUCCCAAAGAUGUUUCCAGUCGUCCAACAACCUGCACUGACUCUAAGAUCAACACGGUGCUGUCCAUGUGCCAGGACACCAAUCUCCUGAACCCGGUCCACGGCAUCGUCCAGAGCGUGGCUACCCACGAGGAGUCCCCCCCCAGUACCAGCCCUCCUACCUGCAGAGCUUCGGCUUUAAUGGACUCUGGAGGUUUGCCGGACCCUUCUCUAAGCAAACACAGAUACCGGACUACGCCGAGCUGAUCGUCAAGUUCCUGGAGGCGUUGAUUGACAGCUACCUGCCGGCGGCGGACGAGGAGCGGGGGGAGGAGCAGCUGAGGACGCCUACCUCCCCCUACCCCCCCACCAGCCAGAGCCAGCUCAGCAUCACUGCCAAUCUCAACCUGUCCAACUCCAUGACCUCCCUGGCCACCUCGCAGCACUCCCCAGGUGUGGAUAAGGAGAACGUCCAGCUGUCCCCCAGCUCCGCCCUCUCCAGCGGGGGGCGCACUCGCCACGGAUCGGCCAGUCAGGUGCAGAAGCAGCGCAGCGCGGGCAGUUUCAAGAGGCCGAGCAUCAAGAAGAUCGUGUGAUCGGAGAACCCUCCUCCUCCUCCUCCUGCCCGCUGGGGGCUCACGCUGCACUCCAUCUCUUACUCUGUUUAUUUCCUCCUCCUUCUUAACGGUUGUUUCCCCUGGCGUGAAAACUUUUCAGUCGGGCAUCGAGGAGGAAUAUUAACACAUUUAGUGCUGCUUGAGAUGUAUUUCAUUUGUGACAGCGCACGGUGGAGGAGAAUCUUUUAGUUGGAGUAGUUCCGGUUCUCUGCAGUGGAUGUUGUCUUCACAGAUAUUCAGCAGCAGGGUAGAGUCGGGUCGAGUUCACUCUUGUGAAACUAUUGGGGGAAAAAUGCCCCUAAGCCUGAUGGGAAAGCAGGUUCAGUUUGGACAGGGAGGAAACAGGAAGUGAAACUCUGUCUUUAUGCUAAAGUUGGAUCCGUUCUUUGGCCUUCCUUUUGACUAAACACUCCUGUGUCAGUGAGAGGGACCAAAUGACAGCAACAGUGGAGGGGGGGGGGGGCCUGCUCGGACACCUGGGCCCACCUCUCCCAGUCCUGUACAUAUUUUACAUAGACAGAUUAUGUAUAACUAGUCCUUAGUGCUGAUUUAGAUGUUGAUGUUUUUCUCCAUGGUGUGCCUUUGUCAGGGUUUUUCAAUGUGUACAAUUUGUAAAGUAAAAGUGAAAGACAAAGAACAGGUACUAAUUAUGGAGGCGAGCCGUCCAUAUCACCACGCGAGCCGCAUCACGACGGGCCUCCAAACGAUCGUCUAAUAUACAAUCAUCCAUAUACCCUGUUGCCUGAAAGUAUUUAUCCUGUACAGCUAGAUAGCGCUACACUUUCCAAAAAUCUUCUUUUCAAACACUUAUGAACGAGAAGAUCGCAAAACACUAGGGGGAAAUGUACGUGUGUAAAUAGCUCCGAGCUUUUUUUGUUUGUUUUCGUGCGCGUCUCUUUUUAUGUAGCUGUUUAAUGUCAGUUAUUUUAGUACGAACUGUGUUUUCAGCAGCAUUGCGUUUUAAUUUGUUUACACAGUGACAAGGAAAAUUGUGUAAUAGGCAAUAAUCCUCAACUCUGAAUCUCCUUUGUCAACCACACACUUGGUUUCAUUUGUACAUCAGUGUCAGCGCGGUGCAAUAUGAACUCCUAAUCUGCCCGGUAACACGGAAAGUGAGCUACUGUUGGCUACCUCCUAUGACUAUUUGAAUAGAAAAGAGGCAGUGGACACAGUGACGUUUGCUCUCAUUACACACACACACACACACACACACACACACACACACACUCCUGUGGGCUCUUCGAAGGAAGCAUGUAGCCUACGAGGCUUUAACAUAGUUUGUCAGGACUACGUAUUAUCAGAAUUGUCAAACUUUUUUUUUUUUUAAAUCACAUUGUGUUCUAUGAUGUAUUAUUAUUUAACAACUUAAGCCAAUUCAACCCCUUCCUGUUCCUGUCAAAACAGCAUGGAGAGUGUGAGGAAAAAGCUAAUAAGUCACCCUUGUUUUUACAAACUGUUCUUUCCGGUAACACUAAAAAUGAAUAAACUCAUGACUCUUAAAUAUAUGUCAGGCUUACAUAAACUGACCUGAAAAUAUACGAUCAAAUAAUGUAAAAACAUUUGGUGGUAAGUCAUUUUUCACUUCCUGCUAGAGCUAAAAGCUGCACACUCUGAAAGAAGAGGAAGAUUUCUAUAAUUGUUACAUUGUACUGGAAUAAUGGGAAAGAUGUAAACGAUGACAGAAACGCUGACUCAGAGCUCCUCCACCCUGCUCCACCCUACAGGAGGCAGGGAUCCGUUGAUGAAGUCCUCAAUUGAGGUUUUUCCUUUAAAGAGUUUCAGUAAUAAUAACGCAGGUUGCCAAUGCCUCCGAAUUUCUGUCCCACAGGCCUGUUCUGCACAUUUCUGGGUGCAUUUGAAGAAUGCUGUCCCAAGAAAGAUAUCGUUUCCACACAUAAACUGUCAAAUCAGCACGGUGUAGUGUUUUAGAUAAUGUAUAGAUUUCCAUGAUGAUUCUCAAAACUACUUUCAGAGAGUUUAAACUCGCUAGACGUAGCUAAUCCACCUUGGAAAAUUCCAUCCUUUUAGUUUUUAAGCGCUAAUGGUAACACAGUGCAAACUGACAAAACAUAGGCUUGUGAACCCAGCGCCUACAUCGGCCAUCUUUAAUGCUAUGUCUGUCUUUCAGCUGAUUAAAAUGGUGGUCCACACUACAUAUGUUAAUCCCUAAGGGUUCAACCUCGUUACCAUGCCACAAUAAUGCCCUUAGCCAACAGCAGUCAUGGUGUUUGGUAAUGGGAACCAGUGGCACAACAUGGAAAAAGUCACGUGGUUUUUAGGGUUAGGGUGAGCAAUUUAGAAAGGGACUGUAGAUCAGUGCUCCACCCACAGCCUCCACCCACAGCUCAGCAGGGCUCCUCUGUCCCGCCCUAACAUCUAUGCAUGGCAACAGUUGAGUAUUGUUGAAAAAGUCUGACUUUAUUCAGUCGCACAUUGUUUCUCACCAUUCUCAGUGUUCAUGGUACUUAAUGGAAACACUCGUCGAUCAGUUCACUACUGAUUUGUUUUUCUUGUAUUGUAGUCGUCGGGACGUUAUUUUCUCCUGUCCAUUCAGUAAACACAUAAUCAUUAGAUAAAUUCCACGGAAAGCGACAUUUUGAUUAGAGACAGCCUUAGCACAGUCAUUCAAUCUCAAAGAAUGACAUAAAGGGAAGACUACAACUAACAACCCAUAAUUCAUUAAUCCAGGUUCCAGUUUAUCAGAUAAAUUGGUCCAACGUCUUUAAACAACCAAUCAUCAACUAGCACCUGGUUUAAAGCAUACUGACGCUUAAAAAGGCCCCAAAAAAUGACACAUCAACAUUUUAUGUGUAUAAAAGGUUUUCCAAACUAUGUUUUUAACUUUGAUUGCGAAAGAGCUGGACUAUGCUGACUGGCCAAAGUUUUAUUUAAUUCAACAUUAGCCCUCCUCCUCAUGUAAAUAGGCCUAACCCUAGUCAGGAAUCAAGCAUGAAGUUUUAUCACCUUUAUGUCGUUAAUGUUUUCUGACGCAAGAUGUUUAGAGCAGAGUAAUGAACUCACACAAAGAGACAGUAAAGGCCCAGUUUGGGUCAGGAUUAGUAUCUAAACUUCAGGAUUAGAAACAAAAUUUACAAUUAGGAAAACAAUUUGGGAUUAGCAAUUCACAUUCAUGGUUAGGAUCUAAAAAUUCAGGAUUAGGAUCUAGAUUCAGGAUUAGGAUCUAAAGCCCAACUCGCAGGAAUUGUGAUGGUUCAUUUUUGUUCAGAUUUCAGUGUCAGAUUCCAUAGAACUGUCUCAUCGUUAAACUCAAUCCAUCGUCUCUUCUCACCGUCUAACUGUUCUUAAAGCUACACUCACUGAUUUCCCUCUGAAACAAACCUUGAAUUACAGAUCAGUGGCUGUACCUUUAACAAGACAACCAGGAAAAAUCUGUUGUCUGGUUUAUUUGAGCGCCGUGUUCGCAGAUUCCAUCGUUUCCGGGUUCUAGUUUGACUUGUGUGUGAAUGGAAAUAUUAAGGAUUAUGUAUCCAUAACCUCUUAAACAAGUGGUUGACUUGCACUAAUUUAAAAACAGUCAUGGGUUUGUAAAGAUGAAAAACCUCAAAAUGUGGCAUGUUUUAUUUGAUGUUAUGCAAAAUCUAAUGUCUGUAGAGUAAUAGUCUGAGUUUUGUUUUAUUGCAGUAUGUGUGAUAAUUGUAAAUACAAUUUGAGAUGGUAUAUUUACUACACUGUACAUACAUGUGAUAUUGUAUCAUUUUGUUUUUGUAAAGCAGUUAGUUUCUGUAUAAUAAUAUACAAAUUGAACUAUUCCAGUGUUAGUAAUAAAAUGUUUUGCUCUCCAAAACGUUUGAACCGGAA